UUUUUUCACGAUGUUUAAUCUAAUGAAAAAGGAUAAGGAGAGGGAAGGGAGUAGGAAGGAGAAGAAAGAUAAAAAGGAGAGGAUGUCUCCAGCAGAGCUGCGCAGCCUGGAAGAGAUGAGCAUGAGGCGUGGUUUCUUCAACCUGAAGAGGGAGGCUAAGCGUGAGUCCAAGAACAAACUGGAGAUCUCCAACCCCAUUCCCAUCAAAGUGGCCAGCAGCCAUGAGCUCACCCUCACUGACAUUGAAUCGGAUGGCCUGAGCAACCGAAGCAGCAUGGUUCUGGAUGACCAGCUCAGCGCUGCCAGCUCCACUGAUGACCUGAAGGGUGAGGGUGGAGGACAGGACGGACACCGCGGCUCAGUACACGAGCGUGUCGCUCACUUCGGUUCACUUGCCAGGCAAAACUCCUCGCAGGUGGGUCAAAUGAUGAAGCGCUUCUCCUUUUCCCAGAGGAGCAAAGAGGAGAGCCCUUCAGAGAGCUCCACCCCUUCGGGCCAGAACUCUGCUGCCCCAUCUCCGCAUGUGGAGAGCAAAGUUUUCAGCAUGCUCCGCAAGCACAGCCUCAAGCAGCAGCCAGAAGCACCAGUCACCAAAAAAGUGAGCAUCCCUGAGGUGGUCGACAAGACCUUCCCUGCACAGCUGCAGCUGCCGGCUGUGAUCGCACCCAGUGCGCCAGAAACACGUGAGCUGGAGCUCCAACGCCGCAACACAGGCGACUUUGGAUUUUCUCUGCGUCGCACUACUAUGCUGGACCGCAGCCUUGAUGGAGGAGUCUACAGGCGUGUUGUCCAUUUUGCAGAGCCUGGUGCCGGCACUAAGGAUCUGGCUCUUGGGUUGGUGCCUGGGGACAGGCUGGUGGAGAUAAAUGGAAAGAACGUGGAGAGCAAGAGCCGGGACGAGAUAGUGGAGAUGAUCCGUCAGUCCGGGGACACGGUGAGGCUGAAGGUGCAGCCAAUCCUGGAGCUGAGUGAGCUGAGCCGCUGCUGGUUGAGGAACACCGAGGGGCUUCGCAGGGAGGCCAGACAUGUGAAGACAGAGGAGCAGAUCGCAGCAGAGCAGGCCUGGUAUGGAUCAGAGAAGGUCUGGCUUGUCCACAAAGAUGGCUUCACCCUGGCCACUGUGGUUAAGACAGAGGAUGGUUCCCUGCCAGAGGGCAAGGUGAAAAUCAAACUGGAGCACGAUGGGACGCUACUGGAUGUGGACGAAGACGACAUUGAAAAGGCCAACCCUCCAUCAUAUGACCGAUCAGAGGACCUGGCUUCACUGCUCUACCUUAAUGAAUCCAGUGUGAUGCACUGUCUGAGGCAGCGCUAUGGAGGAAAUCUGAUUCACACCUACGCCGGAACCAACAUGGUGGUCAUCAACCCCCUCAGCACACCCUCCAUGUACUCUGAGAAGGUGAUGCACAUGUUCAAAGGCUGCCGGCGCGAUGACUCGGCUCCUCACAUCUACUCUGUGGCUCAGUCGGCCUACCGCAACCUGCUCACUACUCGGCAGGAUCAGUCGAUCGUGCUGCUGGGGAAAUCUGGCAGUGGCAAGACCACCAACUGUCAGCACCUGCUGCAGUAUCUGGUCUCCAUCGCUGGCAGCACGGGCAAAAUCUUCUCUGCUGAGAAGUGGCAGGCAGUCUACACCAUCCUGGAGGCUUUUGGCAACAGCUCCACGUCUAUGAACACUAAUGCCAGCCACUUCUCCCAUGUUGUGUCCCUCGACUUCGACCAGGCUGGGCAGGUGGCCUCUGCCUCCAUCCAGACGAUGCUGCUGGAGAAACUGAGGGUGAGCAGACGACCUGAGGGAGAGUCCACCUUCAACAUCUUUUACUACAUGUUGGCCGGAGCUGACACCAGCCUGAGAACGGAGCUGCACUUUAACCAUCUGGCUGAGAACAGUGUUUUUGGGAUCAUACCACAGUCUAAGCCUGAGGACAAGCAGCGAGCCUCGCAGCAGUUCACCAAGCUGCAGGCGGCCAUGAAAGUACUGGGCAUCUCUGGUGAUGAGCAGAAAGCCCUUUGGCUCAUCCUAGGGGCCAUUUACCACUUGGGAGCUGCAGGAGCCACUAAAGCGGGACGCAGGCAGUUUGCCCGUCAUGAAUGGGCCCAGAAAGCGGCCUACCUGCUGGGCUGCACUUUGGAGGAGCUCUCCUCUUCGAUCUUUAAGCACCAGGCCAAAGGGCUGCAGCAUUCCACGUCAUUCAGAGGAGCACCGGACGAGGGCGGCCAAGGCGACAGCUCAGGCUCUAAGGUCACAGCUCUGGAGUGUUUGGAGGCCAUGGCGUCAGGACUCUACUCUGAGCUCUUCACUCUCGUCAUCUCCCUCAUAAACAGAGCUCUGAAGUCCAGCCAGCACUCUCUGUGCUCGCUGCUGAUCGUGGACACUCCGGGUUUCCAGAAUCCGCGUCUGGCUCAACAGCAGAGAGGCGCCACAUUCGAGGAGCUCUGUCAUAACUACACCCAGGAGAGGCUGCAGACCCUGUUCCACGAACGCACCUUCGUCCAGGAGCUAGAGAGAUACAAGGAGGAAAACAUAGAACUUGCUUUAGAUGACAUAGAGUGCAGUACCUCACGGUCUGUAGCAGCUAUUGACCAAGCCUCAUCCCAAGCUCUGGUUCGCACCUUGGCCAGGAAGGACGAGGCUCGGGGACUUCUGUGGCUGAUGGAGGAGGAGGCUGUUCAGCCUGGAGGUUCAGAGGAAACGAUGCUGGAGAGACUGUUCAGCUACUACGGCUCUGCACAGGGAGAAAACAAAGGAGCUAGUCUGCUGUUGCGAGGAGAGAAGCCCCACCUCUUUCUGCUUGGUCACAGCCACGGGACGAACUGGGUGGAGUACAAUGCUCAGGGUUGGUUGAGCCAUGCCAAGCACAACCCUGCUGCCCAAAACGCUGCCACACUGCUGCAGGACUCCCAGAAGAAGAAUAUCAGUGGGCUCUUUAUGGGCCGGGCCAGCGGGGCCACCGUGUUGUCGGGCUCCAUCGCUGGUCUGGAAGGCAGCUCUCAGCUCGCCCUGCGACGGGCCACCAGCAUGAGGAAAACCUUCACCACAGGUGUGGCCGCCGUUAAGAAGAAGAGCCUGUGUAUCCAGGUCAAACUCCAAGUGGACGCUCUGAUUGACAUGGUUCGUCGCUCCAGGGUUCACUUUGUCCACUGCCUGCUGCCCAAAGCAGAGGCAGUGGGAGGAGGAGGUGAGCCUCGGGUGACACACGGUGAGAGCCCUGACUCGGGCCUUAUGACUCUGGAUGUCGGCCUCCUGAGAGCUCAGCUCCGAGGGUCAAAGCUGCUGGAUGCACUGCGCAUCUAUAGGCAAGGGUACCCGGACCACAUGGUGUUCUCUGAGUUCCGCAGGCGCUUUGAUGUCCUGGCACCCCAUCUGACCAAGAGGCACGGCCGCAACUACAUUGUCACAGAUGAGAAGAGGGCGGUGCAGGAGUUGCUGGAGUCCUUGGAGCUUGAGAAGAGCAGCUACCACAUGGGGCUGAGCAGGGUCUUCUUCAGAGCAGGGAUUCUAUCCAAGCUGGAGGAGCAGCGGGACGUUAAGACCAGGAGGAACAUCUCUCUGUUCCAGGCUGCCUGCAGGGGAUACUUGGCCAGACAGGCCUUCAAGAAGAGGAAGAUUCAGUAUUUGGCCAUCCGCUGCGUCCAGAAGAACAUAAAGAAGAAUCGUGGUGUGAAAUUUUGGCCUUGGUGGAAGCUCUUCACAACCGUCAGACCUCUGAUAGAGGUGCAGCUCACUGAGGAACAGAUCCGCGGGAAGGACGAAGAGAUCCAGCAGCUGAAGCAGAAGCUGGAGAAGGUGGAGAAAGAGAGGAAUGAGCUGAGACUCAACAGUGACCGCCUUGAGAGCCGGAUCACAGAGCUGUCGUCAGAGCUGGCUGAUGAGCGGAACACCGGGGAGUCUGCCUCCCAGUUGCUGGAGACUGAAACAUCUGAGAGACUGCGUCUGGAGAGGGACACGAAGGACCUGCAGACCAAGUUUGACAGCAUGACGAAACAGAUGGAGUCGAUGGAGAUGGAGGUGAUGGAGGCUCGACUCAUCAGGGCUUCUGAGCUCAACGGAGAGAUGGACGAUGACGACACAGGAGGAGAAUGGAGGUUGAAGUAUGAGCGAGCCAUCAGAGAGAUUGAGUUCACCAAGAAGCGACUGCAGCAGGAGUUUGAUGACAAGCUGGAGGUGGAGCAGCAGAACAAGCGGCAGCUGGAGAGGAGGAUCAGCGACAUGCAGGCCGACAACGAGGAGUCCCAGCGAAACGUCCAGCAGCUGAAGAAAAAGACCCAGCGACUGACGGCUGAACUGCAGGACACCAAACUGCACCUGGAGGGCCAGCAGAGCCGCAACCACGACCUGGAGAAGAAGCAGAGAAAGUUCGACAGCGAGCUGAGUGGAGCCCAGGAGGAGGUGCAGAGGGAGAAGACCCUGAGGGAGAAACUGGCCCGAGAAAAAGACUUGCUGGCAGGAGAUGCGUUCAGCCUCCGACAGCAACUGGAGGACAAGGACCUGGAGGUGUGUGCAGUCAACCUGAAACUGGACCAGCUGGAGGCCGAGCUGCAGGACCUCAAUUCCCAGGAGUCCAAAGAUGAGGCAUCACUGUCCAAGGUAAAGAAGCAGCUUCGUGACUUGGAGGCCAAGGUGAAGGACCAGGAGGAGGAGCUAGAUGAGCAGGCCGGCUCCAUCCAGAUGUUAGAACAGGCCAAGCUGCGUCUGGAGAUGGAGAUGGAGCGCUUGCGCCAAACCCAUUCCAAGGAUAUCGAGAGCAAAGACGAUGAGGUGGAGGAGAUCAGACAGUCAUGCAACAAGAAGCUGAAGCAAAUGGAGGUUCAGCUUGAGGAAGAGUACGAUGAGAAGCAAAAGGUGCUGAAAGAGAAGAGAGAGCUGGAGUCAAAGCUUCUUUCCGCAAAGGACAAGGUGAGAAGUGGAGACAUAGAGACUGAGAAGCGUUUAAGGAAGGACCUGAAAAGAACCAAGGCUCUUCUGGCUGAUGCCCAGAUCAUGUUGGACCACAUAAAGAACAAUGCACCAAGCAAGAGGGAGAUCGCCCAGCUCAAGAAUCAGCUGGAGGAGUCUGAGUUCACCUGUGCGUCCGCAGUUAAAGCUCGUAAGUCCAUGGAGGUGGAGAUUGAAGACCUACACGUUCAGAUGGAGGACAUCUCCAAAAUGAAGCAGGCGCUGGAGGAGCAGAUGAGUCGUGUUCAGAGGGAGAAGAACGACGUACAGUCCAGAAUGGAGGAGGACCAGGAGGACCUGAACGAGCUGAUGAAGAAACACAAGGCUGCUGUGUCGCAGUCAGCCCAGAACCUGGCUCAGAUCAGUGAUCUACAGGCCCAGCUGGAGGAGGCCCUCAAGGAGAAGCAGGAGGUUCAGGAGAAGAUGCAAGCUCUGCAAAGCCAACUGGAGUUCCAGGAGCAGUCCAUGGUGGAGAAAUCCCUCGUCAGCCGGCAGGAGGCCAAGAUCCGUGAGCUUGAGACCAAGCUGGAGUUUGAGAAGACCCAGGUCAAACGCCUGGAGAGCCUCGUGACUCGUCUCAAGGAGAACAUGGAGAAGCUGAUGGAGGAACGAGAUCAACGCAGCAGCAGCGAGAAUCGAGAGAAGGAACAGAACAAACGUAUGCAGAGACAGAUCCGCGACACCAAAGAGGAGAUGGGCGAACUGGCCAAAAAGGAAGCCGAGGCUAGCCGCAAGAAACAUGAGCUGGAAAUGGACAUUGAGAGCCUAGAAGCUGCUAAUCAGAGCCUGCAGGCAGACCUCAAGCUGGCCUUCAAAAGGAUUGGUGACCUCCAGGCUGCCAUCGAGGAUGAGAUGGAGAGUGAAGACAAUGAAGACCUCAUUAACAGUUUGCAAGACAUGGUGACAAAGUAUCAGAAAAGGAAGAACAAAACUCCAGGGGAUUCAGACACCGACUCCGAGGUGGAGGAUCGUGUGGAUGGGGUGAAGUCCUGGUUGUCCAAAAGCAAAGGUUCUGCCAAGAACCUCUCAGAUGAUGGCAGUCUCAAGAGCUCCAGAUAUGCUGUAAAUUUAGACGCAAAAGAAGGGAAAGAGUGGAAAGAGGGUAAGGAAUGGAAAGACAUAAAUAAGGAGGGCAAAGAUGUUACACCGAGCAGGCCAGGCGUGAUAAGUUCCCUUAGCUACAGAAAACGAUCCAACCUGGAUUCAAUUGGAGGCAAAGAAAGUGCCCUCUUCAGUGCCCUCAAGGAGAAUGCUGACCCAGAAGAUUCACCGUCCUUCUCGAAGGCCAAACCCAAAACCUCGGAUCUUCAAGAUGACUCUUACUCAGUUACCUCCAGGAGGAAGUCCCAGGUAGGUGAUGACAUGAAUGGCAGAGAAUCAGUCAUCUCCCAGGCCUAUUCAGAGGCCAACAGCCGAGCCAGGAAAGGCAUAGACAGUCGUUGGGGUGACUUUGACAAGGAAUCGACCAUUUCAUUCCCUGCAUAUCGGGCUUCCACACAUCUUGGGUUAAGCCCAGAGAAUGAUGCCAAAUCUACCCUCAGCUUAGGUCUGUCAAGCCCACUUGGACGCGGUCGAAGCACCUCUCGCUUAGAUGGCAGAGGUGGUUACUCAGUGAAUGGCAGCAGUCCCAGUAGCCCUUGCUCCAGCAGGCGGUCUGGGGGUCGUAGCCCCGGAAGUGUUAGCCGAGCUGAUUCUCGCAUGUCACUGGCACGAAGCUGCCGCUUGAGUGAGUUUGAUGUUGAUAUUGACGACAGUCGGAGUGUUGCCUUUACUGAGAAGUCGGCGUACAGUCCUAUCUCGUCCACCGGGCGCAGCAUCUCCAUGCCACCACCACAAAGUAGAUCAUCAACUUCUAAUAACGAUCCAGUUGAUAAUUUAGAAAUCAAAACAGUCAGUCAUCGCAAUUACCUCGAUCCCGACCUAGAGAAAGCAAUCAAUGAGGUGCUGAGUUUUAAGCCUAUCAAAUUCAAGCGCACAAGCUUGGAAGACUCAGAGGGCGAACGGGAACAAUCCAAGAAUGAUGAAGAUGACAGAAAGAGCGUCAGGAAUGGAGACACUUCUCGCGGCGCCAGCAGUCUUAGGCGCUCUGCAUCUGCUGUGGACUGCAUGAGACCGUCCCGCAGUGCCAGCAGCUGCAGCAGUCACCGUAGCAGCAAGAGCAAAGGCAAGAGUAAGAAAAAGAAGAGAAGCCACAGCUCCGAGUCUGACAGCUCAGGAGAUGGCCGUCAUCAUAGGAGCAGCUCCAAGAGAGGGUCCAAGAAGUCCAAGAAGUCCAAGAAAAAGUCUAAGAAGCAGGAUAAAUCUUCAUCGUCUUCGUCCUCUUCACCCUCAGAUUCUGAGUCAGACUCUGAUUCAGAUUCAAGCUCCGGAGCCUCAACCAUUUCCUACCGAAGCUCGAGUAGUGUGAAGAGGGCCCCAGCUCGGAAGGCUUCCAGCCCAGAAAGAGAAGGAGAGGAUGGGCCACAGAGUGAGGGUCAGCCACUUAACACAAAGGUUGAUAAGAAGAGGAAGAAGAAGGUGGACAGCCUGAUGAUGAAGUACCUAUACCGGCCAGACAGUGACUGAGGCAGGCAGUAGGUGCUUGCCUGAUCCGGACCUAAGAGUGCUUUGACGCAUGGUGUGAUCUAAUCAAAGACUUUUUCACCAUUAUCAAUCAUUAUCCUGAAUGAGAUCAGCCUCUCACAGUUCUGAACUUUGUGUGUUGUUUGGCAUGCUCUCAAUUUCUAAUGUUUACCACUACUAGUUUCAAGCCAAACAAUGACCACAGUCUCUCUGGCUGACUGUGAUUUAAUACUGUUGAAGCUAUGGGUGCACUCAACGUGGAUGUGCCCAGAAUUACUCCCAAGAUGUCACGUUGAUUAAUGGCCACAGAAGGUAAAAAUAACAGUCAAUUAAGAAAGGCCAUAAUAUUUUUGCCCUAUAACUUCAGGCAUAAUUAGAACCCGAGCAUUGAUAAACACAAAGUGGCAAAUUCAUCCAAGAGCUCUGAGUAAUUAACCCACAGUUGUGUGUAUUUAAACACAUUGACUCUUUGACGGGUAAUGACAUUUGUUUAGUAAGUUAUUCUGUAUGUUUGUCUUAUUCUUUAAGCUUAUUCAUUUGACAGCUGUUAUAUUUAAGAAGGGAAACUGUCACAGUCCUUUGUACUUCUUAUUUUAUUGACAUAGAUCUAACACCUUAGUAACCAUAUAACUGAAUGGUUUUGCAUUUAACAUUGCAUGAGGUUACUGAGAUUUAGUUAGAUGACAUAAACUACCAGCAAAUACAGAGAUACUGCAAGUAGUCCCCAAUGGAAGCGAUGCAUACAACACAACAUACAACAUUUCUUUAUCAGUCCUAAUAUAGUACCAUUAUAUAUCAUACAUUUACUCAGUGUGUUUAUUGCUGCCAGUACUGGAUGAAAGAUGAGCUGUAGCAACACUACAGAUUAAUACAAGAGUGUCAUUCAUACACAAUCUAACAGUUUAAAGUUUUUGAUGUUACAUCUGCCUGAUGUUGCCAUUUUACUACUGGGUAGUUAUUUGAUGAAGUCCUGUUUUGUCACGCAUCUUUUAACGCAUGUGUGGUCAAACUGCUGAUUUUCACUUGUGUGUGUGUUUAUUACACUGAGUUGCACUGAGCUCUCUUCCCAAUUUUUGUUUUCGGCUCGAGUUUUUUGAUAACAUCAGU